AUGUCAUAUCGGCAUGGAUUCCGCCAUGGACGAAGUGGGUUGGUGGAUUUGACACAGCAUGAGACAACAUUACCCUUGAAGAUUACAGUUGGAUGCGAUGCAGUGUCGUUGCCACCACCUCCACCGCCACCACCUUUGCCAUUACCACCACCACCACCACCUUUACCUGAUUCUUUACCGUUACAACUAGCAAGUAAUAAUCCAUUUAUAACAGGUUCCUACUGGCGGAAUUCACAACAAUUUUAUGAGCCAGUAACUAAUGGGAUGAAUGAAAUUCAAUACUAUGAACCAUUAUACGCCUCUAAUAUGGAAAUGUUUCGCAAUAAUGCGGCAAACCGAAUAACCGAAACAUAUCCCGGACCGAGAACCUAUGUUCGUUUAAUUGACUCACCACCACCUCCACCUGAGCUUGGUAUGCCAUUAAAGCGAACUAUUGUAACAUUGCAGCUUACUAACUUUAGCAAAGGUACUAAUACUCAGCAUGCUGAAAAAUGUACCCUUCAGAAUGAUCAGCAGGUUAGAUCUCUUCAGAGUGAUCAACAGGUAAUUCAGUCAGAUGAUCUGAGUGGACAAAACACAAAAUUUACUGCCGGUAGGGGGAAAGUAUUUAAAUUACCGGAAAACUGUGGUCGCCCACAAUCUUCAGAAGGACGCACAUUCCCAUUGAAAGUUCGAAGUGACGAUAUGAAUUAUGAUAGUAGCGAUUAUAAUGAUUCUCAGCCUGAAAAGGAUUCUUAUCGCAAUAGUCCAGAUACGUCAUUGAGGCCCACGUCUGUGAAACGUUCAUUACUUAUGGAUCAGGCUCCAGCUGUUAUUCGUACUGCUACCAAAAUUGUGCGUAAAGUUGCUCACCCAACGCAAAAGAUUCUUGCUCCAAAUCUAAUCAUCACUCAAAGUGGAGAUUCCUCUAGUGGCGUAGCAUUUGUUCAUCCGAAUACAGUUGUAGAAUCAAAAACAGUAAAAGCAACAAAACGUCUCUCCUCCAACGGAACAAUGUCAAAGAAUGGCAUGUCGUGGAGGAGACGACAAACAAAUGAGGGUUUAGAGGUUGAAGAUGAAGUACCUCAGGCUGCACUGGUAAAUAAUGUUCCAUUUAAAAUGCGAAGGAUAAACCGUCGACUUCGGAGGAUUAAGGAUAAACUCUAUACGGAGGCAUCUAACGAAUGUUUCGAAUUUGCGGAACAUGGUAAUUGCCUAGCUGGUAUAUUUUGUUCCUUCGAUCAUGAUGGUGAUUCUACGCAUAGAACUACGAAGAUUUGCAGCAGAUUAAUGUUGGGUUUAUGUCGCAGUCGUUGUGGAUUGGCUCAUUGCCUUUCCCCACAUCAAAUGCCAAUUUGUGAUUAUUUUUUGCGCCUUACUUGUUCCGAUGAACACUGUCCAUAUCUCCAUGUUAAGCAUGGUGUUGGUAGCAAACCAUGUGAAGAUUUCAAUCGAGGAGUUUGCAAAAAAAGUUUCAGUUGUCCGUUUCCUCAUCGUUACUACUAUUCGGUGAUUAAAAAGAAGUGUGAUGGACUUGAAAUGUCUAAUGUAUUCCAAGUGUCUUUACGUCAUAAAGAAGCAUUUAGAAGCGAAGGAAGCGAUGAUGAAUGCGAUGUAGAUGAGAAGUGUCCGUUGCAGUGGAUAUUAUGA